GGUACAAACUCCGUCAGAACCUUCCUCGGCUCAACAAUGGCGGACGAUGAAGAACCAAAAGCUGAAACUUUAUCUCUAAAUACAUUAGUUGCACGGGAAAGAAGCCAAUUACCUUCUGUUUCUGACCGGUUACGAUAUCAAUUUCAAUCUCCAUUAUUAUCAGAUCCACAUGGAGGCGGAGGAAGAUGGUCAACGCCACCGAUGCAUGACGAUCACUGGACAUCCAUCGUAUUCCCUCCGAACAAUCACGAAGGCCUUAAUCUUCACCAUCAUAAUGAUGAUCGAGAAACAUAUAAAGAACGAGCCAGACCGUUACCCCCGGUCUCAGGUGGGCUGAAACCGGAGGCAAUGGGGGGAUAUGUUGCAGUGAAGUGGUGGGUUUCACAUUUCAAGUUACCCGGCGGCAUUUUUUCGUGCCUUUGGAAUUUUUCUGUGAUCAGAGGAGGUGUACUUCGAUUAUUUAACCUCCCCCUGGUUGGAUCAAUGGUUAUGCUGCUACUGUUUUAUUUGAGAUUCCGGCGCCGGCAGCGGUUACGGAGGGAGGCAAUCGAUGAACUUCUCAACGUUAUUAAGGAGAAAGACGAGCCGUCAAUUUCCAAGAUUGCUGACGAUUAAAUUAAUGGGUUUGCAGAGGAUGCAUCAAUUACUUCAUCAGAUUGCUAGAAUGAAUGAGUUACUGCUUGCCACCCAUCAUGGAGUCCCUAUCAUAUCCAAGGCUGCAUCCGGCUAAGCAGGUUAGUGCAGCCAAUGUUGCUUCACGUGGGUGAUAUACCCACAAAUCCACAGGGUUGUUGCUGAUUUAUAUUAUAUAGAAGUCAAGAACCGAACUCCUGACUCCAUGUUAAUUGCAAUCAUAAUGUGUAGUUAUAUGAUUUGAAUUUGGUUUUAAGAUAUGGGUUAGAUGUAUCUUUACUGAUACAGCAGAACGGCAGCCACUGGCUUUUAUGUGUAGGAAAAUAGUUUCAA